UCUGCCUUUUGCAUUCCCCUUCCUUCAUUCCUUUGAUUUCCAAAGAAGAAAACAUGGCUGAGAUUGCAACCAUUUUUCUCUCUCCCUUCCUCGAAGCUUUUUUCUCCAGAAUGGCAUCUGGCGAGUUCGUUGACUUCUUUCAGCAACGAAAACUCUCCGACAAACUCCUAAUGAAGUUGAAGACAACUUUCUUGACCCUCAAUGCAGUGCUGGAAGACGCGGAGGAGUUGCAAGUUACGAAACCUGCUGUGAAGGAGUGGCUUGAUAAGCUAAAAGAUGCAAUCUAUGAUGCAGAGCAAGUCUUGGAUGAGAUUUCUACUGAAGCCUUGCGAAGCGAGUUGGAUGCUCAGUUUCAAACCACUGCAAGCAAGGUACGAAAGUCCAUGUUUGCUUUUCGUAAUUCUUUUGUCCAAGAGAUAGAGCCAAAGAUAAAAGAAGUACUUGGCAGACUAGAAUAUCUAGCAGACCAAAAAAAUCUUAUAGGUCUGAAAGAGGGUAUUGGAGGGAAAUCUUCUGAAAGAUUGCCCACGACUUCUUUGGUUGAAGAAUCUGAUAUUUGUGGUAGGGGUGAUGACAAGGAGGCAAUCAUUAAAAUGUUGCUAUCAAAUGAUGUAUGUGGCAAUGAGAUGAGUGUGAUUGCUAUAGUCGGCAUGGGGGGGAUUGGAAAGACCUCCCUUGCACAGCUUGUAUACAAUGACAACAAGGUGAAGGACUCUUUUGAUCAUCUCGCAUGGGUUUGUGUUUCAGAAGAUUUUAAUGUGUUCAAGAUAACAAAAACAAUUUUGGAGAGAGUAAGCUCGUCAACUUAUGAUAGUAAGGAUCUAGAUCUACUUCAGAGUGAACUAAAAGAGAAAUUAAAGGGGAAAAAGUUUCUAUUGGUUUUAGAUGAUGUUUGGAAUGAGAAUUAUGUUCAGUGGGAGGCACUAUGUAAACCCUUCAAAUCUGGGUUACAAGAAAGUAAGGUCAUUGUAACAACACGUAAUGAUAGUGUUGCAUUAGUCAUGCGUGCUAGUGCAUUGUAUCAACUAAAGGAGUUAGCAGAAGAAGAUUGUUGGUCACUAUUUGCAAAAUAUGCAUUCCAUGAUGGAAAAUCUAAUGCACAUGGAGAGUUAGAAGUAAUAGGUAGAAAAAUCAUGGAAAAGUGCAGAGGCCUCCCGUUAGCAAUCAAGACAAUUGGUGCUCUAUUAAGAUCUAAAUCGGAUGUUGAGGAGUGGGAUAAGAUAUUGAAAAGUGAAUUAUGGGAUUUGCCAAUCGAUGAGAUGGGCAUUCUUCCGGCUCUAAGAUUAAGUUACAAAUAUCUCUCUUCAAAUCUAAAGCGAUGCUUUGCUUAUUGCUCAAUAUUUCCAAAGGAUUAUGAUUUCAAAAAAGAUCAAUUAAUCUUGUUAUGGAUGGCGGAAGGUUUCCUACAUCAACCUGAAAACAAAACAAUGGAAGAAGUUGGUAAUGAGUAUUUCCUCACUCUUGAGUCAAGAUCAUUAUUCCAAAAAUCAAGUUACAAGAAGUCAUGUUUUGUAAUGCAUAAUCUUGUGAGCGAUUUAGCAAAAUCUAUAUCUGGACAAUUUAUUUUAAGGUUGGAGGGUGAUUGUCCUCCUAAGGUUGUAAGCAAUACUCGCCACUUGUCCUAUUUUUCCAAACAAAUGUUUCAUAGCUCGAAGAAGUUUGACACCCUUCACGAGGCUAAAAGGUUGCGCACUUUCCUACAUUUAAGUAUGUUUCAUUUGUAUUGGCCCUGUUACUGCUUGACUAAGAAAGUAGUACAUGAUAUAUUGCCAACGCUAAGAUGCUUACGAGUGCUUUCUUUGUCGAACUAUGGGAACAUUACUGAAUUGUUAGAUUCAAUUGGCAAAUUUAAAUACCUACGCUACUUGGAUCUCUCUUGCACUAAUGUUGAAAGACUGCCUGAUUCAAUAUGCCAACUGUACAAUUUGCAAACAUUGAUAUUAUCAUAUUGUAGAGAUCUUGUUGGAUUGCCUAGAGAUAUGUGGAAACUUGUUAAUUUGCGUCAUCUUGAUAUUAUUGGAACUAGCAUAAAAGAGAUGCCAAUACAACUCGGUAGAUUAAAAUGCCUCCAGACGUUGACUAAAUUUAUCAUCGACGAAGGUAGUGUGUUGUGCAUUGGAGAGUUGGGGAAACUCACAAAUCUUCAGGGAUCGCUUUCUAUUUCAGGGCUCCAAAAUGUCGAAUCUCCUACUAAUGCUAUAAAUGCAAGAUUGGGAGAUAAAAAGUACCUUGAAGAGUUGGAAUUGGAAUGGGAAUAUAAUAAUAACUUUCCAGAAAGUCAGAAAACUGUACUUGAUAGUCUCCGGCCCCAUAGAAACUUGAAAAGCCUCAUUAUCAGACACUACAGUGGUAAACUUUUUUCAGAUUGGGUAGGACAUUCUUCAUUCUCUAAUGUAGCAUCUCUUCGUCUACAAAACUGCCAGUAUUGCAAUAGCUUGCCACCGCUUGGGCAACUACACUCUCUGCAGAACCUUUCUAUUGCUGGGUUUGAUAAAGUUGUUACAGUGGGUCGUGAGUUUUGUGGCAGUGGCUCUUCUUUUGUUAAGCCAUUUGCUGCCCUUAAAAUUCUUAGGUUUGAGCGUAUGGCGAAGUGGAAGGAAUGGAUUUCUUUUGGUGACGAAAAUGGAAGUGUAGCUUUUCCUCAACUUGAAAAGCUUUAUAUUGAUCGUUGUCCUAACCUAACAGGAGGGUUGCCCAGCUAUCUUCCUUAUUUGGCCAAACUUGAGAUUAGUGUAUGUCCACAGCUGGUAGCUCCACUCCCAAGGUCUCCUGCUAUUCGUGAAUUGGAGCUACGCUUUUGUAAUGAGAAGUUGUUAAAUGAAUUGCCUACUGGAAUACAAAAUCUCAAAAUUGAAGGAUGUCAUCCACUAGAAUCCUUUCCUAAGGAUGGUCUUCCAUCUACAUUAAAAACCCUCCGCAUCAUAUGGUGUAGGAACUUAAGGUCCCUUCCGGAGGGAAUGAUAGACUCCAAUAGCGGUCUUCAAAAGUUAGUGAUCGAUGAUUGUUUCUUACUCAUGUCCCUUCCUAAGGAUGGUCUUCCCUCUACAUUAAAAACCCUUUGGAUAAGUGGGUGUGACUCACUUGUGACCCUUCCUGAGGGAAUGAUAGACUCCAACAACAAUAUUCAAGAAUUGGUGAUCCGUAAGUGUCAUUCACUUGUGUCCUUUCCUAAGGAUGGUCUUCCCUCUACAUUAAAAACCCUUACGAUUGAGAGUUGUAUGAAGUUAGAUCUCCCAAUGCACGUAGACUAUACAUCUGUUAAAGAACUAAACUUGUAUAAAUCCAAGACUCUCAAGUCCUUUCCAUUAGAUUUAUUCCCAAAGCUUUAUCACGUCCAAUUCUGGGAGUGUAGCAAUCUGAUAUCUCUUACCAUUCCAGACAAUUAUGAACAUGAUUUAGUCACCUUGAACAUAAAAAUCUCUAUUUGCCCUAAGUUUGUAUCUUUUCCAAAAGGAGGAUUGCGUGCAUCCCGCCUUACAUCACUUUUGGUCCUUGAAUGUGAGAGCCUGAGAUCACUUCCUGAAAAUAUGCACAUACUCCUUCCGUCUCUUGAGGAGCUGGAAGUAUCUAAUUGUGCAAAAGUUGAGUCGCUUCCUGAAGGGGGCUUGCCUUCCAAUCUGAAAUCAAUUAAAAUCAUCAGUUGUGGCAAACUCGUUGCGAGUCGGAUGGGAUGGGGUUUGCAGUACCUGCCAUUCCUUAGAGAUUUGUCAAUCAGUGGCGAAUUUGAAGAUGUGGAGUCUUUCCCAGAGGCACAGUUGCUGCCCACCAGUCUAACCUCUCUUUCCAUCUAUAGCUUUCUAAAUUUGAAAUCUUUGGACAAGAAGGGGCUUCAACACCUUUAUGCUCUUGAAAAUUUGUAUAUCUACAACUGCCCUAAUCUCAAGUACAUGCCAGAACAGGGGUUACCUCCCUCCCUUUUAUUUCUAUGGAUCGACUACUGUCCUUUGCUGAAGAUAGAGUGGCAAAGUAAAAAAGGAAAAGAAUGGCACAAGAUUGCUCAUGUCGAACGGAAACGGAUGGAUCGCGAAUGGAUUGAAUGAGCUAAAAGUCUAGCAAGAGUCCCCAAAUUUUGAAUGCUCUUCACUUCACCAUUUUGAACAUAACCAGUUGAGUCAUGUCACCGUCUAGAGUAAUUGGGAACUCCAUAGAGAAUUGGGGAUGCUUUGAAUCAACAAGCUGCUUUGAGAACUCCGAAUGGUAUAAACAUCUUGGGGGCAAGCACUUCUCCUGCAUGCGUACCAAUAGGUGGUUCAAAGAUCACCAAAUCCCGUUUUGGUUCCAUAGUCAUCUGACAGUGCUUCGAAGUGUAGCUCAUCUCGAAGUAAUUGUCAAAGAAGACCAACAAGAAAGUAAUGCAUGUACUCCUUGUGUCUCUUGAGGAAUUGGUUGUAAGUCAUUGUCAAGAAGUUGAGUCAUUUUCUGAAAGGGGCUUGCCUUCCAAUCUGAAACCAAUUACCAUCAACGGUUUUGACAAACUCGUUGCAAGUUGGAUGGGAUGGGGUUUGCAAAACCUCCCUUUUCUUUAACAUUUGAGAAUCAGUGGCAAUUCUGAAGAUGUGGAGUCCUUCCCAAAGGUGCAGUUGCUGCCCACCAGUUUGACCUCUCUUCACAUCUUUGACUCAAAUUUGAAAUCUUUGGACAAGAAGGGGGUUCAGCGCCUCAUUGCUCUUGAAAAAUUGCAUAUCUCGAACCGCCCUAAGCUCAAGUUCAUACCAGAACAGGAGCUACUUGCCUCCCUUUCUAUUCUAAAAAUUAUACAACUGUCCUUUGUUGAAGAAAGAGUGGCAAAGUAAAAAAGGAAAAGAAUGGCGCAAAAUUGCUCAUGUCGAACAAAAAUGGAUUGGUUACGAAUUGAUUGAAUAAGCAAGAAGUCUAGCAAGAGUCCCUAAUUUUGAAUGCUCCGCCCACUUCACCAUUCCGGACAUAAGCAGUUGAGUCACGUCACCGCCUAGAAUUAUUGAGAGCUCCAUAGAGAAUUGGUGAUGCCAUGAAUAAACAAGGUACAUGUGAUGUGGGCAACUGAUCCUCUUGCCUGAUGGAGUGAAGGAGUUGGGCUUGGUACUAACAAGAAUAUAUAAGGGAUCAUCGUCGCCAUUGUCAUCAAUGUUCAAGCUUUUGCAAGUUUUUGGGUAUGGUGAACCCCAGAAGCAUAAGCAGUUGAGUCUCUCUCAUGUCACCACCAAAAAUUAUUGAGAACUCUAUGAAAUUAAGGGUCCUCUGAAUCAACAAAGGAUGUUUUAGCUGUUUAAUGGGUUACAGGACAUCUUCCUAUCUUCCUAAAGCGGAAAAUGGGAAUUCGAUAGCACUAUGUAAAUCAAGUGUGGAGUUAAAGGAGUCUAAAGCUAGCGUUGUUGAAACAGCUAAUGCUAGUGAUUGGUCCGCAUUGUUAGAGUUAAAGGAGUUGAGAUCACUUCCUGACAAGAUGCACACACUCCUUUCGUCUCUUGAGAAAUUAGAUGUAAUUAUUUGUCCAGAAGUUGAGUGGUUUCUUGAAGGGGCUUCCCUUCCAAUCUGAAAUCAAUUAACAUCUAUGCUUGGAUGUAUAAUGGGAUGGGUUUUGCAGAACUUCCCCUUUCUUAGAUAUUUGACAAUCGGUGGCAAUUAUUGAGAUGUGGAGUUCUUCCUAGAGGCAUAGUUGCUGCCCACCAGUCUGACCUCUCUUUCCAUCUCUGGCUUUCCAAAUUUGAAAUAUUUGGACAAGAAGGGGCUUCAACACCUCAGUGUUCUUCAAGCAUUGCUUAUCUUUAAAUUCCCAUUCAAGUACAUGCCAGAAUAGGGUUGUUGGCCUCCCUAUCUAUUCUAUGGAUCUGGGAAUGUCCUUUGUUGAAGAAACAGUGGCAAUGUAAAAGAGGAAAAGAGGAAAAAGGAUGGCCUAAGAUUGCUCACAUGGAUUGAAUAAGCUAAAAGUCUAGCAAGAGCCCCCAAUUUUCGGUACAAUAUCAGCUUUUACAGUUAGAGUGAUUUCUGGCCUCUUCCAGUUGUCCCCCGUGGUACUGUAGAUAUUGCACAUACUCCUGCCAUCUCUUGAGGUAUUACUUGUAAGUCGAUGUCCAAAAAUUGUCUCUCUUCCUGAGGGGGGCUUGCCUUCCAGUAUUAAAUCAAUUGAGAUCGAUCGUUGUGACAAACUUAUUGCGAGUAGGAUGGGAUGGGAUUUGCAGCAGCUUCCCAUUCUUAAAGGUUUGUCAAUUGGUGGAACAAGACAUGAAGAUGUGGAGUUCUUCCCAGAGGCACGGUGGCUGCCCACCAGUUUGACCUAUCUUUCCAUUUCUGACUUCCCAAAUUUGACAUCUUUGGACAAGGAGGAGUUUCAACAACUCUGUGCUCUUGAAGUUCUAAAUAUCUGUGACUGUCCUAAGCUCAAGUACAUGCCAGACAAGGGGUUACCUGCCUCUCUUUCUAUUCUAAAAAUCUCAGACUGUCCUUUGUUGACAAAACAAUGGCAAGAUAAAAAAGGAAAAGAAUGGCGCAAGAUUGCUCAUGUCAAACAGAAAUGGAUUGAUUACGAUUUGAUUGAAUAAUCCAAAGUCUAGCAAGGGUCCCCAGUUUCGAUAGAUUUCAGCAUUUGUGGCUAGCUAGGAUGCUCUUCACUAUUCCGAACAUAAGCAGUUGAGUUAUGUCACAGUCCAGAAUUAUGAAGAACUCCAUUGAGAAUACCAUGUUCUCAUGAUUUGGCUUUCUAUAAAUCUUGAUUUUACCGUCAAUUCUCAAUUCCUUGUUUAUAGGGUCACUUUUUAUUGUUAAUAACCAGUGUCAUAUGCUUGGGAUCAAAUAAUGUAAACAAACAGAGCAUGCAGACUUGUAGUUGCACUGUAAAUUGUCCAACUUUUUUAGAUUUUAACUUUUUCUUAGAAUAGAAAAACCGAGACAAGUAAGCCAAUGAUUGGCCUUAUAUACCGAGUUAUUUAUUCUGCAUAUUUUUUUGACUUACUAAGAUGUCCUGUAGUUCA